AUGAAUUUUAGUAGAAUCGAUUUAUUUUCAAGCUCUUUCAAUUUUAAUAUAGGAGGAUCAAAUAUCUAAAGAGGAACAAUAGCUGGAGCACUUUUCACAAUAAUUGUUAUAGCGUUAACUCUUUCAUACUUUAUUUACUUAAUUGAGUUAUACUUCAGCAAUAAAAUUGAACCUCUUUAUAGGGCUUAAAAUAUCAUAAAUAAUUAAACCCAAUAGUUAGAUAUAAACUCAAAUAGUUAUGCAAUUAAGAUUAAUUAUCUCUUCCCUACAGUUAAACAGUAAAAAUAUACUUAUUCAGCAAUAUUGGGCACUUAUAAAAACGAUACAGAUGCACAUUAGGUAAGUAUUACCACAAAAAAUUGUGAAGACCCAAAUUUAGGAGAAUAGUUUGAAUGUCUUGAUUAAAUUUAGUUUUUAGAUGAUAAUUUAAAAAAAGAUAUAUAGAAUUUUGAUUACAAUUACAAGUUAGCUCAAAUUAGCAUAUAUAUUUUAAGUUGUUAAGAUUAAGAUGAAUCACAAGAACAAAAUUGUGCUAGCUAAUAGGAGAUAGAUAAAGUGAAAACUACAAUAAAAGAUGGUUUAUUUAUUUAAUAAGAAUCAAGCUUUACAAUGCCUUUUAAUUACAAUAUUGAUAAUUAAAACUUAAAUAGAUAAUUUAUAAAUGAAAAACUGGGAUUUGGUCCAUAUAGCAUAGUUAAUUUUUAAAUAGAUUAGAUUUAUUCAUAAAUAUCAAUUCAAUACCCAACAAUUCCUUCAGUUCUAGCUUUAGUUAAUAGCGUAUUUAAUUUGUUAGUCAUUUUAGGUUUCUUUUUGAAGAUUACAUCUUAAAGUUCUUUGAAGGAAGAUUUCUUUGUGAUUUUGAUAAAGAAUGUUUACUAAGACAUUUAUCAAUAGAUUUUAUAAUUAAAUGACUUAAAAAAGUCUAAUUCUACUAUAGGCUAGUAAACUAAAUCAUUUAUUAGCAAUGAAAUUUUUGAUUAAAAAGGAGAUUCUGAAUUGAAAACUACUUAGGAAAAUACAAAAUUGAAAAUUGAAAAUAUAGGUCCUAAAUUAAGCUAGUCUGAUUAGUUAAAAUAAAAAGACGGCAACCAAUCUUUGAUAUUUUCAAAAGAUUGUUUUGAGGAAAGAAAUAACGGUUAAUAAGAAUAAGGAUUUAAAAUCUUAAGGUUUAGAUAAAUAGCGUAAGCAAAAAAUUGA